GAAGAUUACUUCCCGUUAUUUUUGUCCCUUUGUGUAUGCACGUUGUGCCACAGUGCAAAUCACACAAAGCUGCAGGACGCUUUACUCUUUACGAAUCAACCACCCGGCAGCUUGAGCAUUUACAAAACUAAAGAACAGUCGUCUCUCUCCACCAAAUAUCCAUAGCCGUCGAAAGCAUGUGCAUCUGAAGUACCUUUCGCAGGCGUUGGCAAGCCUCAAGUUUUAGGACGAAGAGUUGAUUUCUUCAAUUCAAGGCAAAGCACCGAUCAAUUAACAAAUUUUUAGCGAGAUCGACGGAUAAUUUGCUAAUUCGGCGAAGGAAAAAAAGGUUUUGGCAGAAAAAUUCCAGCUAAAUCCAAGGUAUUGCAAUUUGCGUUGCUAUGUGUUCGAUUGGCUCAAUACAGCGCUCAUUCAACCAAUGACCGCAGCUAAAAAAAAAAUUGACUCCCAUUCCUCUCCUACUAGCUGCACAUCCUUUGAGUCUUCCAGCUCAUCCAUCGCUUCAAAUAACUAUCAACUGUGUAUGGAGAACUACAAUCAACAUAUGAACGAGAAGUUGCAGUGGACUUCUACCAUGGACUUCAACUUCAUCACCACCUAUGUUGAGUGGAAGCAAACGAAGAAAUGGGACAAUCACAAGACAAAUGACCAGAAUUAUGAUAUGCUUGCCACAUGUUUGCGGGAACAAUUUGAGAUGCAAGUCACCGGAGGCCAAUGCCAAUCAAGAAUGUAUAGGUUUAGGAAGAAGUGGAACGUGUUUGCCAAUUUUCGUGGUUUGUCAUCGAAAGCGGAGACUGGGAUUGGCUGGGAUGAAGAGAAUAACUGCUUUACGGCUUCCGACGAGCACUGGGCCCAAAUGGAAGCGGUGAACAAAGAGUACAAAGACUUCAAAUUGGCUGGAAGUUGCUUCCUAUAUGAUCUGUAUACUCCAACAACAUUGGGAAAAACUGCAACAGGCAGCUAUGCACAAUCUGCAAAGCAACCUGUCCCCGAGGGCGAACACCGACGGCCAGUUGUUGGAAAGCCACAAAACAGCAAAGGAAAGGCUGCAGCCUCAAGUUCAGCUGCCUCUGGCUACCAGCAGUACCCUUGGGAGGGAGAGGACGUAUACUACGUACCUCCGGUACCUGGAGCGGCAUCUGGAAAGCGUCCUGCCUCAAGUCUUGGCACUCCCGGAGAUCGUGAGGGAUCUAGAGGUGCUAAAUCAACAAGAUCAUCUAGUGAUAGGGAAAGACUAGAUGAUGCAAUCAGCAAAAUCUCUCGCGUCACCACCGCUUCGCUUGAAUUUAAUCAAAGUCGGUAUGAAGAGGAAGCAGAAUACAGUGUACCGGUAGUUCAAGACAUGGUGAAAAAUAUGCAACUUCCAAAAUCGGUUAAGCUGAAAGCGACAAUGUACUUUGCCGAAAGAAGAAAUGCGGGACAAAGAUGUGCAUUCGUACGCUUUGAUGACGCCAAGCGCUAUGAUUACAUUGAACUCAUUAUGGAGGAGCUUCGCUAUGGCAAGCCCCCGCAGUGAAGCAUCAGAUCUGUGCACAACGGCUUCUGUGUAUUUCCUUUGUCAGCUUGUGUCAAUUUCCUUUGUUUGCUUGAAAUUUCUGGAAUGGUGGCUGAACUUUACUUAGCUUCUGUAUCGGUUGCUUCUUUAUUAUGUGUUCUGGACUGCAAUUCCUAGACUUGUGUCUUGAGAUGUAGCAUUUGUUAAAAACAAAUGAGUGUACUUUCUUGAAUGAGUGUAUGUUGAGCGUAUUUAUUUGGUUAUUCAAAAUGCGGUCAUUAUAGAAUUAAUGGGUGGCAGUGGACUAUCCUAUUAUGUAUUUACAAUUGAGUGUACUUAUGGGGUGGCUGCCGACAGCUUGUUGAACUUUUAUAAAUGGGUGGCAUCAGGCUUGUAGCCACCAAUUUUCUG